AUGAAAGUAUUCGUUCUUGCCUUGUUGGUCCUUAAUUUAAUGUGCUUCGCCCUUGGGGAUAAGGAUCAAAACUCCGAUUUUGUUGAUCUAGAUGCCGCAGACGGCGAUGCGUUACCGCAAGUUGAGGACUACGUGGAAGACGAGGAAGACCCAAACGUAAGUCGAAGUCAAUUAUUGAGCUUGUUUUUAAUUAGUCAAAAUGUAAAAGUCAAAUUGUUCCAAUUUUUCCUAGAGCUGAUUAUAAACUGAACAGUUUGGAGGAAAAUACUGCUCCCGGUGUUUCGUAUGAAUGAUUUAGAACCACGCAAAAAUGCAAAGCUGAAGUUAAAAUCAUGGAUAUUGUUAUCUGAAGUUUUAAGAGCCUUUUUAAAAGAUUUAUAACUCAGAUUUGUAAAAUCAUGAAAUUGAGUUAGUUGUCUCUGUAACAUAUCCUUUAUUUAACAAAUUUUUCUAAUAGAGUAUAGACAGUCAAAGAGUUGAGUUAAAUGUGGUAAUAGGCCCCUGGCGAGGUUUAUGCAAGAGCCAUUAUGGCUCUUGGUUUAUGAUGAUUUCCAAACCUAAAAAACGUUCUAUUUUCUCCUAAUUAUUAGCUUUGAUAACACUUUGAGAAUGUUAAAAUAGAGAUUGGAAAACUGCUACUGCUAUUCGCUUUAAUUUAUCUUUCAGUCACACAUGUUUUCCUAUAACACUGACCUAAAGUUAUGCCCAGAAUUCAUUUUUAUUUCCUUCCAAUACAGUUCACGGAUGAUCUUGAGGAUGAUGAUGACGAUUCUCAGCAGGUUUGUAAUGUUUCAAACUCUUUCGCCUAUUUCUUCAGUUUUUAAAGGGCCGAAAAGAAAUUAAUCAGUCAGGCAACAUAGGUUUCCUGUGCUUAAUAAAAAGCAAAAACAUCAGUGAAUAAUCCAUUUACUGUGUUAAUUAGAUCUUAAGAACUAAACGGCAAAAAUUCAAGUUGUACAAUGGUAAAAAGCUCAAUUCAUAUCAAUUGGACAAUGUUUUUAUCCAACUCUUAUUAUUUCAAUUCUCUAUUCAAAAAACUGGCUUGAAUUAAAACCCUAAAGCACGAGUUCAUCUCAGUGACUUUAUGUUUAAUCUGAUCAAACACUUCUUUCAUUUUUCAACAGGACGAAGAAAGCGACGAACCAGAGGACCCCGAAGGUUUUAAGGUAGAAAUUAUUCUGUUUGUAGUUACUUUUUUAAGUUUCUUGCUGCUUGCGACGUACAGCUUCUCAAUGCCAUUUUUAUCCCAGGAUGAUGUCCGGGACGAUGACCAGGAUGAUGAUGUAGACUACCUCGAAGAUCCAGUCAAAGAUAAACUAAAGGAAAAAAUGCGCAAAAUGCGACCACUUAAACCAGACGUAAGUACAGACUUUAAAAUACUCAGUUGGUAGUUGAGAUACGUAUUUCUUUUCUUUUCUCUUUUUUUAAAUUUGGCAUAAUGUCUUGGUCGGAGUAGGAGCGUUACAAAGAAUAUCGCUCGGCUGAUGAUUUAGUUACUGAUCUACAUUAUUGCGGCAGUUUUGGGGCAAUGACUAGUCAUGAGUUUUCUGUCUAUCGAAAAAAAGGCUGAUUUAAAAAAGCCCAUUUCAACGUUGUGCACGAACACUCCAAGAAAAAGACGAAAAUUUCUUUCGAAUGUCAAGCAGGGAAAACGUAACGUUUCAAUAACUUCCUCAAAUCUGCGGAAAAUGCUCCUUAUUCGAAACAUGUGGCAACUUGUUGCUACGUCAUUAUUGCUGUGUUCACGUGAUUACCGUGCUUGAUGAUCGACUUUGAUAAUCUCUACUAUAAAAAUGCGAAUUCUAAGAAUUUCCUUGCUGUGGCACUGAGCUCCAACGAUAAUUUUUUCUUGAUUAUAAUUUUUCGGUGGACUGUAUUUUGACAGGUGGAUCCUGAAAUGGAAGUUAAUCCAAAGCCAACCGAAACAACAGGAAGUGGCAUGGAGUCAGACGAGGUGGGAAAUAGCGCGAAUUUUCGCAGUUAUCGCAUAUUAUACUUGCGCGCCCAAAUUAGUUUUCUCGACGAGAGGAUUCUCAGGUAUAGCAAGCUUUGCUAGCAUUUCAGGCCGAUUAAAUCUCUCCAAACGUUCCCAAACUUUUUCGACGAAAUUCAGGGUCUUUCUCUCCUCUUACCCACGCUUUGCUCAUAGGCAUGUUUUUGCACUACGCACUUUUUUCGCGUUCUACGUAUCCUUUGCAGCUUGGCGAAUUGUGGGCGAUCCUAUUUUCCACGUCUUAAGUGACACUAUUUCUUAACCUAGGAUCCAGGCGCUUGAAUUUUGUUAAAAAGUGUAUGGUCUCCUAAAUAAUCAGUGACAUUUAUAGUACCACAACUUACUGAGUUCAUUCUUAUUCUUAUAUAUAUAUUUUUUUCAGGAUGCUGAUCUCAAACAGGCUUUGGAUAGCAAACUGGGCUUGAAGUAA